AUGAACCAGACAGUGGGUCUACUUUCUCCAUACAUUACUGAAAAACUUUCUCUUGUAGCUGAGCAGCUGUUAAUCAUCUAUGAGAAGGAGUCAGAGCAAUGGGCCACUUAUCUGCAUUCAGUCUUCAGCGGUCCGAUCCCAGAGGCCCAGAUCUGCCGCUACGACGUGGCCACACUGUCCAGUCGGCAGGACGACUUCCUCUGGCUGGUCCGGUACACCUGCAAGCUCCUCAUCCUAUCCGACGGCAUGCUGAAAGGUCUGUGCCCGAAGCGGCGCUUCUUCCUGGCCCGUGUACUGCGUCCUGCAGCUCAUGUGGUGGUGCUGCUGUGUGGGGUGGAGAGUCUGACCCCACUGCUGGAGCUGGUGCCCCUGAACGCCAACGAGUGCCUGCAGGUCUCCAGUGAACAGGAUGCUCACGAGUACCUGACCACCGUGAAUGAUAUUUUGCGAAAAGCUGCAAAAGCCAACCCCUUGACCCAUCAACCAUCGGGGCUAAAGGUGGAAGAAAUGCAGAGGAGCCUCAAACCCAGCAUGGCGGUCGUUCCCUCCAGAGUUCCAUGCAGGAGCUCUACGAAAGUGUUCAUUUUGCUGAAGAGUGAGUCGGCCGGCAGCGACGCCGAGGUGGAGUUCGCCGGUGAGGAUCGGAUGCUGAGAGUGAAGCCCGAGUGCUGGAAUGAGCGAAUCCUGUGUGUCAACGCGCCAGAUUUUACGGCAGGAAAGGUGACCGUGACUUUGUACAGCAGAGGGGGGGCACUGAGCAAGGCACAGCUGGAGUACUACAGCAACGUGGAGGAAAUAACGAGCCUUUUGGCGAGGGCAGCCGACCCCGUGGAUUUUAUGUGUCAGGCUCUUCAGGAGUCCACUUUGGAGAAUCUGGACAAGAAGUUGUCGUCCAUGUUGUUGGCGGGCAUGCCCGGCGGAGGUUUUCACGGACUGCAUUGUGAAAAGACAACUGGAAAAGAGCUCCACAACGCAGACGCUCCAUCGCUCCUCCACUUUGCUGCCCGGCAUGGAUUCAGGAGUGUCUCCUGCGUCCUAAUGCAGUGUCCGGGUGUCGAGCGAGCACUGCACACGGCCAAUCGCCACGGACAGACGCCCACUGAGAUCGCAAAGAGUCAAGGCCAUACGGAGCUUCACACCUUGUUGAAGGAAGCAUUGAAUGUGUUCGGCACAGGCGGGGACAAUGAUGCCGGUGUAUACGAAAUGAUGGGCUCUGCAGGGACUCCCACCGCCGCCCACCUGCGGCGGGGGCGCCGAGGAGAGCACGAGGAGGGGGAGGAUGAGGGCGUCUAUGCACAGCUGGGGGCGAAGGACGUGUACGACACCAUCCACAACCCGACAAAAGCAGCGCCGACUGCCAGCCGCCCACCGGCGCCCACGCCUCGGCCCGAGAUCACCCACGCCGAGGAGGAGGUGGAGGACGGAACCCCGUACAUCACUAAAGUGUUCCAGAAGAAGAUACCACAGCGCGAUGCCGAUCUGUAUUCAGUCACCACAAAACAAAUACAAGGGCGGGGGAACACCCCCCCCUCCUCCUCCACCUAUGAUACCUUCGUGCCAAACCGGACAAGCGGGCUGCUGCAACUCAUUGAACUCCAGCAGAGGGUGAAGGCAGGUUCGCUCUCGGUGGACGGGGCCGUGAUGCAUUUCGGCGAGUGGCAGCGGGCUCAGAAGGCCAUGGACGCCGGCCAGAAGGAAAAGCCGAGUCAACAGAGAGCCAGAUUCGUCGGCAGCGCAGUACAUGAUGACAGUGUCUUCGAUAAAAUCAACAUCGUCCAUCUCGGGCCAAGUGUUGAAGGGAAUGAAGGUCGGCGGGGAAGCGAAGCAAAUGAGUCUGACGGCUUCAGCAAGCCACUUAAAGGACAGCGCUGAAGUGUCUCCUCGAAGGGUGACAAACCGUGGAGAAUCCUUUCUACAGACUCUUUCUUCCCAGCCAGAUGUUUCACCAGUUUCGUUUGUUUGAAUAGAUGAUUAUUUAAUUGUAGAAUUGACACUUUUUGUGUUUCAAAGUAAUAAGAUCUAAAUGACAGAUUCAAAUAUAUUUGCCAAUGUUACGGAUUAGCUUUCAUUGUGUCUAUAGCAAAUUCUGCCUUAAGUAAAUAUAAAAAUAACAUGCAUACAGUAUUCUACAAUAUGUGUGACGUCUAUUUUAAAAGCAAAUGUACAAUGUCUUGCACAUUCAAUGUCACCGAGUUAGAAAUGAUUCAGCGACCCAAACUGUAAAGCAUUUUGUUAAUGCCUUUUUCACACACUGAGUCAAUUAAAUACAAAUCUAAAAAAUGCCACUUAAAAGUGUAGC